GAGUGUCGCAAUAAAAAACCGUCGAGCUGAAAACAACCACCACUAUUAAAUUGGUUCCGAGAAGAGAUUAAACUGAACAUUUGGUAUUAGUUUACCUGAAAAUGAAAUGUGAAUAUAUCUGAACUGUAUAUUAACACUGUAUAUUAACUGUGUUUCUUUAACCGCAAAUUAUUAUUCCUUUUUUCGGCUUGUCGAUGCCGCGGGAUGCGGUUACCAUGACGACGCUGGGAGCCGCAGCGAAGUCGGAAGAGCCGCAGCCGCGCGCACGUCCGAGCACGCGCGGCCCGUUGGCGGCAGAGAGGCGGCUUGUGAAGCCGAGGCUUUCGACGGAACGCGAUGUCGAGAUACGGGCGUUACGGUGGAGAGACAAAGGUGUAUGUGGGGAACCUUGGCACAGGUGCAGGGAAAGGAGAAUUGGAGCGGGCUUUUGGUUAUUAUGGACCGCUGAGGACAGUGUGGAUUGCCAGGAAUCCUCCGGGGUUUGCCUUUGUUGAGUUUGAGGAUCCCAGGGAUGCUGAGGACGCGGUCCGUGGACUGGAUGGCAAGGUGCUCUGCGGGUCUCGGGUUCGAGUCGAGCUGUCUACAGGAAUGCCGAGACGCUCGCGCUACGACCGGCCCCCAACCCGCCGGCCAUUUGACCCCAACGACAGAUGCUACGAGUGUGGUGAGAAGGGGCACUAUGCCUACGACUGCCAUCGCUACAGCCGGCGGCGGCGGAGCAGAUUGAAGAACACGACUAGAUGCAGAGAUCGGCUGAUAGAUACUUCUAGAUCGCCUAGAUCUCCUAGACCUUGGUCCAAAGAGGGUCGCCCUGCAAACUUGCAAGAUCUAGGUCCAGGUCCAGGUCCCGGUCCCGUUCUCGCUCCAGGUCCCGUGGGAGGAGGUACUCUCGCUCGCGUAGUCGGAGCCGUGGCCGCAGAUCACGUUCUGCUUCUCCAAGAAGAUCCAGAUCUGGAACACCCAAGAGAUCAAGGUCUCGAUCAAGGUCUCGAUCGAGGUCCAGGUCAAGGUCUCGUUCGAGGUCUCCAUCAAGGUCCAGGUCAGCUUCUUAUCCCCAGAGCAGGUCUGGCUCAGGUGGCAGGUCAAAGUCUGGCUCUCCAGCAAGGAGCCACUCAAAAUCUAGAUCAUCGCCUGCAAAACAAAGCCGUUCUCACUCAGGAAGCCCCCACAGGAGUGGAAGCCCAGACAGAGACGACUGACUUCUUUCCUUUUUUUAUUGAAGCAGAGUUAAAUCUGAAGAUCUGCACAAACAAAUGCUUCCUUUUGAGAUAUUUGAUUUUGCAGUUUUGCUCUAACUUUUGGCACAUAAUAGACGUUUUCCUGAUGUUCGAAAGAAAAGGUUAAAAUGGGAAUAAAUGCUCAUUUCUCCCUUUUAUGCUUGUUGUGAAUUCUAAACACUUUGGUUCUUGUGCCAUAGAAAACACAAGCACACUGGGUUUUUGUAUGUGCAUAUUAAAUUAAAUUUCAGGAUCUAUAAAGAAACUUGUUUCAUUUUGUGUGGAUUUUGCGUGUUUUGUGGAUACCUGUAGGGGGAGCUGUUGCUUGUAUAAUCUACCCUGUUCCUUUUUAUUGUGAAUUCUCAUUUUAACAAAUGCACUGACAAUUAAAAAACAUGUCCUUUUAUUGCCUAAAGCCAGCUGCAUAUGCAAAUUGACCUAUAGUUCUUAGAUCAGUGAAAAUAGUCGUCCAGUGUGAUAGAAUUUAGGCAGAUUGGGGUUAUCUGAAUGUGCACUCUGUAUGUGUACCUUUGUAAUUUCUCUCGUCAUAUAAAAAAAUAGCUUGAAGGUUUGGUAAUAUUUCCCAGGGACAUGUCUGCAGAAACUCCCAAGCAAACUGAAGAGGAAUCACUGAUGUCGAAUGCAGUCAGUAAUCUAAAUGCCCCCUUCUUUUGUGAACUUGUAUUUCAAUCCCUGUUUCCUGUUUGCUCUUUGACACUGUGUUGACUCAUGCUUGGACCUCGUUCAGUUGCAGGUUCUUACAGGGAAACUCAUCACUGAAUUAAUUGUGAUAAUUUCAGUUUAAAGUAUACUGAAGCGAUCAUUAUGUUGUAAUUGCUGAAUUAUUUACUUUGUGGAGAAUUUCUUGCUUUCUUUCAUGCUGUUGGCAUUUGAAGGGUGGAGGGGUCAUAGGUUAGGGUUAUUUUAAGUUAAAUAACAAGCUUCAUAAAAAAAAAAAACACUACAUAAAGUCCCCUGAUUGGCAGUAUGAAAUAAAGAUUCCUAACACAAAUCAA